UACAUGCACACAUAGACCUGGCCCCCAGAGCUCUGGGUGGAGGUCAGGAGAAGCAGGUGAUCAGCUGUCUGCAUCCUCGCCAUACCCAGGAUCCUCACUGGCCAUUUAGCCAGGCAGCCAGGCCCCAGGCUGGCUGCCCCCCACCCCUCUCGGCCCAGGGGAUCAGUGGACUCUGAGGAGGGCCAGUAAGUGGGUGGCCUUGGCCCUCAUUAGUGGACUGGCUGGCCCCUGAAUCCGUGGGUGGUCUGGGCCCUAUGCUGGGCAAAGCCCUUUACUGCAUGCAGUAGGUGUCAGUUCCCCAUCUGGGAAAUGGGUGGUUCCAGCCCAUGGGACUCCUCCCCACCACCUUAGGAGUGGGGCUGCCAAACCCAGGGGUCACAGAGUUGAGGGGCGGGCAGCAGCUGGGCAGGGUUUCAGCAGGUCUGCAUAGCUGGCCAGCCAACAGCUGACUGCAUGCUAGCCUCAGGGCACACCCCCUUAUGCAGGCCCCUCAUGCCUGUGGGGGGAAGGUGGUAUUGCCGAGAUGGGCAUGCAUUCCUGGCCACCCCCGCCAUCCGGCCGGCCAAGGGGGUGGGGCGGCCCCCACAGGUGCAAGCGGGGGGAGGCUGGGCCCAGGGGAGGUUCUACCCACCCCCGCCCUUCCAUUCUGUCUUGGGAUGUAGCUGAACCGGUCUGGCCUGGGAAGCCAAGCUGGGGUUAGCAGUGGACCCCACCCCACCCACGCCCCCUUGAGGAAGACAAUCCUAGAGAGACCGGAAAACCAAGGUUGCACAGGCCUGGGCCAGCCUGGCCCAGGAAGGAGUCUGGCAGCCAGCUCCAGAGGGGCCAGACUGCUUGUGGCUUCCCCCCAGGACAGGUCUCUGAUGCCUUGCCCACUUACUUGCCUCCGAUGGCCUCGAGGCCCAUCCCGUUCCUGGUCCCUCCCCACCUCUCCAGGGGCCGGUUCCACUGCACGCUCCCCGGUGGGAGAGGAAGAGGAGGAGGAUGAAGAUGGGGGGCCCAGGCCCGGCCCUGCCGAGGUGGAGUCCCCUAUCCUGCCUCCUCCAUCCCCCAUGGACUGCCUCAUCUGCGUCUCCCCCUUUGACGGUGUUUUCAAGCUUCCCAAGCGCCUGGCCUGUGGCCACGUCUUCUGCCUGGAGUGCCUGGCGCGGCUCUCGCUGGCCACUGUAGGCAGCGGGGAGGCUGUGGCCUGCCCCAUGUGCCGGGCGCCCACCCGCCUGCCCCCCCGCCGCGGUCCCCCCGCACUGCCCACGGAGCCCGGUCUCCUGCCCCGGGAGGCCCAGGGCCCCGGCCUCUGCCAGCACUCGGUCCGAUUCGACAGGCGGCGGGGUCUUCUUUACCUGCGCCCUCCUUCCUCGUCCUCGGGGUCGUCCAAGGCUUGUGAGGGCCCCCCGCUCCCCCCUCCUUUGCGGCUGGGCCGGCCCCAGCCCAGGACUCUCGGCUGGGACCGCUCGACGUGGGCCUUCCACGCCGCGGUCACCCUGGCGGUGCUGGUCACCGCGGGGCUAGUCGUCUCUGGGGUCUACAUCUUCUUUCUCAUUCCCCACUCCACCACUCACGCUAUGGUCCUCCCACGCCCGCCCCUGGCCUCUCCCACCAACUCCUCUUGGUUUCUCCCCCCUGUGACUGCCGAUGCAGGACCCUCGGCCUUGCCCCCACUCCUGCGGCAGACCGAACCCUUGGGAAAUGUGCUGGCCACAGAGUUCUCUGGGCCCCCGGAUCCCGGGACCCUGCCUCAUGAUGGCCAAGAGGGGUCUGGAACCCCGAGCUCGAGCCAGGCCAAGUUCCCAGGAGAAGAGGCCAUGGGCGGUGACCCUCUGGGGGGCUGAGAGAGGAGUGUUGGACUUCUGUCUGUGGGCAUCUGGUUUGGCAGAAAAUUCAAACCUAGAGGAAACCGAGGCAGCCCAAGCAGAUCUGGGGUCUUGGGCCUCUUAUAGAUGGGGAAACCGCCGAGGUAGACGCAGGGGCAUGAGCAAAGGUUGCAUUGAGUGUGAGGAGGAUCACUUUAGCACUGGCCAAGCCUGGCUGUCCUGGGAGGGCUCAGCUUGGCCCCAGGCCUGGUCAUGGGCCCCCAGAUGGAUCCUGGGAGCACAGAUGUAGAGCUAGAAUCUAGUACAACUCCUCAUUUUAUAGAGAAGGAAAGUGAGGCCCAGCAAAGGGCAGCCCCCUUUCUCAGGUCCUGCAGGUAGUGAGUGGGAUGUCAGCCCACCCACGUGGGUCAGGGGAGAGGGGUCCAACUGGACUAGUCAUUUCCUUUCUGGGAGCCUCUCCAUCUGAAAGUAGGGCUGGGCCACAGUGGGGGGGAGGGAGGGGUUGAAGCUUCCUUUUCCCCCUGGAGCUUCCUUCAUUGCCUGGGGAUCUCCAAGCACUUCUCCCUGAGUCACAGAGGCCAUACUCAGCUCUGGCAACCCAUCCACCAUGUUUGUACCCAUCUCCUAAGCCCUUGGUGCUGAGUGCUGGAGGGUCUGCCUGCCCACUGCAAUCCAGUGGAGCCACAGCUCCCUGGCCCCUCCCAAGCCCCCUCCUCACACAUGUACCUCCAUGCCCACUCCUGGGUCCAGCAGCGUGGUACCAGGGGCUACCGAAAGGCCAGAUCCCACCCCAGUUCCUUCCUGAGGGGUGGCCCAAUGCUUUGUGCUCUCCAGGGCUGUGGGUUUCCCUGAGCCAAGGAGACCUGUCUCCUAUCUCCCGACUCCAAGCCUUUGCCCUCGCAGUGCUCCAUGCCUGCUCUGCUCCCUCCCCUGGACUACUCCAGCCCCACCUCUGAAGGACCCCGCCACCAUCACACCCCAUGGGUCCAUCCUAGAGGAUGGCACAAGACUGUCAGCUCCCUGAGGGCAGGUACCUGCUUUAUCACCGUCGGGAAGAACUGUGAUCCCCCUCCCCCAUGCCUCGAUUUCCCUUUCUGUACGAACUAAGAGGCUCUGCAAACUCCCGGGAUGAUCAUAUUAGCUUUUGUAAUAAAAGCCUGUUGAUUGACUAACUGACGGAUUCCUGGUUGUGCCACUACGUGCUCAAGAUUCUUCCCUUCUCUGGGAAUUCUGGGGCUAUGUAAGAAAGAGGGCUAUCUCCAAGCGCCGCCUGAAGCUUUGAAGGUCGGGCCCAGGACUACACAAACCACAGUGCGUCGAGGAGGUCAUGCGCACGCGCAGAGGAGUCUUUAGGUCAGCCUCCCCACCACUUGUCCCAGGAGGCUUCGCGCGCUCCAGGAACAAUAGCCGGAGCAGGCGGUUGCUAUGGGACCGUGCUCCGCCCGUGCACGCGCCGCCUCCCCGGUUGUCAUAGAAACGACUAGGCCCGAGCCCCCUGGCCCGGGCCAGGCGUGUGGGCGGGACAACGGGACAAAGGCGAGAGCGCGUCCUUUCGGAGGGUCAGGAGAGGCCGCACCCCGAGGGCCGUGGGAGGAGAGUUCUCCAAGAGAGGCAUCCUGGGGACAGAGCUCGAGGGCCCGGUCUUCCAGACAGCCUGGUGGAGGCCGGAAGUGGGUGCGACCUUGCUUCCGGUUCUGUCCGCCCUCGGACCAAUGGGAGGCAGGGAAGCGAGGGUCCGGCUGUGGGCAGGAGGGAGCGCUGGGCGCAUGCGCAGGACUCCAGUUUCACCCCCCCCAUUAUUCCCAACCCCCAUUGAGGAUUCAGGGAGCCUUCUUCCGUCUCUGCAGUGGGUUGUUGGGGGCCCCAGAAGCCUGCCGGACGAGGGCUGGGCCCAGGGCCGGGCAGAGGAGAAGGAAGGAGUUGGCUCCCCCAGGGAGGGAAGGCAAGGCAAGGCAGCGCUGCCCUGGUUCAGUUUGAGAGGCCUUCUCUGAGCAGGAGCCUCCAGGAGAGAACACACAGCUGUGAUGCAUGUGGCUAGACCUUCAAACACAGCUCACACCCCAUGAACGCCCCGAGGAUUCACUCUUGGGGAGACUGUCAGUGUUGUGCAUUGUGGAGAGCUCAGCACUUAACUAAUUCAGAGAAUUCACACCAGAAGUGAGGGCUGUGAAAAAGCCUUCCUCCCACCUCAGAGAACUUAUACUGAAGAGAAACCCUAUAACUGCAAUGAGUGUGGAAAAACCUUCAGCCAAAGGUCGUACCUGCUGGAACAUCAUCAGAUAUUCGCUGGGAGAGGCCUUCUCAGUGUAACAGUGUGCUCAAGCAUCAAGGGCAGCUUCACCCUUACAAAGGACAAGAGAAUUCACACCAGAGACAAAAGCUUCGAGUGUGAGAAGAGUGGGAAAGUCUCAAAAGAGCUCAAACCUGGGCAACACCAGAGAGUUCACACCAGAGAGAAGCCCUUUGAAUGUGGGAAGGAUUUCAGAGUGAAGUCAGUCCUCAUUCAACAUCAGAGAAUUCAUACUGGAGGGAGGCCCUCUGGAUGUAAGAAAUGUGAGAAAGCUUUGAGGGGCAAUUGAGAUCUUAUGAAACACCAGAGACUUCACACCAAAGAGUGAGGCUCUGAAAAUAGAAUGUGAGAAAACUUCUGUAAGUCUUGUCUGAUCUGAUACAUGUGUCCCCUGACACCACAGCCUAUACCUUAAUGUUGUUUUAAUUGAUACUUGUUGGCUGGUAUUGAUGAAGGGAUGUAUCUACCCCAGGGUAGAAUCUUUCAGAGCUGAAUAAGUAAUUCCAGUCAGGCUUUUCAGAGGGAGCUAGAAGCCAGAAAUAUGCUUGAUUAAUGAAUUUAAUUGAGUUUUGCUUCCUAUAGGGCUAUUUCUGGAUCUAGGUGGGCCACUGUGGGCUUUUUUGGCUCAAAGUUCACAUUGUCUGAGCUAGAAGGGAGCCCAGAGGUCAUUGGAUUAAUCACUCUCAUUCUGAGAAAGCCCAGAGAGGAAGGGCAGAGUUAGGAUAGAGACUGGAACUCAAGGCCAUGACCUGCCCACUGACAUGGGUGGGUAAAUUUCAUAUGUGUUGUCUAUGGGAAGAACCUGGGAUUCUACAACCCCAGAGCUGGAGGGAGCUGGAAGAGCUCAGAGAAGGAGGCCCCUCUCCAGGCAACCAAGCAUAACUCCCUCAUUUUACAGAUGAAGACCAGAGAGGCAGAGAUGAUCCCACAGCAAGGAGGUGUCCAAGGCCGAUUCACACCCUCAUUUUCCUGACUUCAAGUCCAGGCCUCUGUCUGCUCUUCCUGCCUCUCAGCCCAGUCGGAGGGCCUUCCAAAAAUGACCAGCAUUGGAGUUACUCCCACCGUGAUUGUGAAUAAAUGAGAUCUCAGUGGCCAUGGAAUCUAAUCCAUUCCAGAAGGGAAUUCCCUCUAUGCAUACAUGGUGGUCAUCCAGUCCCUACCAGGAGAUCUCCAGUGGGGCAGCCACCACCUCCCCAGGCAGCCUAUUCCACAGCCUAUUCAAGAAACAGGAAGUGUUUCUUGAAAUGAAGCCAAAAGCUGCCUCUUCCCCUUGCUCCUCCCAGUUCUGCUCUCUGGAGCCAAACAAUACCAGCUGGUCCCUCCUUGUAGACAACAUCCCUGCCACAUCCCUGGUUUCUCUCUUCUCCAGGCUAAGUAAGCCUGCCAUAUCACUCCACUGAUCAUGGUCAUAGGAGAGGAACUCGAGGCCUUGAGCUCUCCUGGCUGUCUUUUUCUAGCUCAUUGAUGUCCUUCCUGACAUAUGCCCACAGAUAAGGGCAUCUGGGGAUGGCAGAGCACAGUGGGAUGAUCGUCUCCCUCUGUUCCCAGAAGCACAGGGCCUCUCCAUGCUUGUCUUCCACCAACUCCCCCAGGUCUUUCUUUAGCCAAACUGCUGCCAGGCCACUCCUCUCCAUCUUAUGCUUGGUUUUUAAUAUUUAUUUUAUUUAUUUUUGUUACAUUUUGAGUUCCAAAUUGUCUUCCUCACUCCCAACCCGCAUUAGAGAAGGCCAACAGUUGACACAGAUCCAUAUGUGGAACCAUGCAAUACAUACAUCCAUAGAUCAGCUCUUUCUCUAGAGGUGGAUGGCAUCUUCCUUCAUGAGUCCUUUGUAGUUUAUUUGAAUGUUCAUGUACUCAGAAUAGCUCAGACAUUCACAGUUAC